AUGGGCCUCUCCCAUCCCGAUCAUGGUGGUGAUGGUGGAGGAGGAGGAGGAUGCGGAUGUCCGUCACGUGACGAGUCUCACUGCGAACACGAGGACGUAGGGGGGUUUCACCUUUGGCCGAGACAAGACGCUCCCCCCGGCAGCGUCGGCGGCGGCGUCCCCCAGAAGAGACACCUCUCGCUGUCGGCUCAGAACAACAACAUGCCCUUCUUCAAGUCCUCCCUGAUCUCCACCUUCCAGGUGUUCCCUCAACAGACCCUCCCGGAGGACCCUUUGAUAUCUGCAACGUUCUGCUCACAGGAGGGCUUCACGGGUACCCAGUGCAACGGAGACGACGGCGGGAGAGGCCUGCGCCAAUACCACCACCAACAACAUCAUCAUCAACAACAACAACAACAAAAACAACACCAACAACCUUCCAACCAUUUUAAAGGCGAAGACGGCUGCGUACCAGCCUCAAAGAAUCUGUUCAACAUCCCGCUGAAUUCCCUCGAGUUCGGGGAGAAGAACCUGCUGUUGCCUCUGUCGAAACCUCAGGACGGAGAUCCAGGCUCGACGGAGGCCGAACGCCGGUCGAGAGAACUUUCCGGAACAGAAACCCGUUCUUCGCUCGUGUUGAACCCCCUGAACUUCUCUGACUCCCCCUUCACCAGCAGUCCCUGGAUGAAAGGUUCAGCUCCCGACCAAAGUGCAGAUUCCCUUUCAUUCAGCCACCGUGGCUCUCUUGAAAACAAACACCGAGCUGACAAAAGGCUCUAUCACGCGCAAAAUCAGAACAACGAUGAGUCCCAGCUCAGUCCCACCGGGUCCAGGGUCUCCCUGCUCCGGGGAACCGGGUCUCCGCCAUGCAACGGGGCCAUCGACAACCCGGGACUCGCCCCAAACGGGGACGCGCCCAGACCGUCGGCCGUGGGCCGCCAGGGCGCGUUCCACCCCUCCCGUGGUCCGGACGCGGACCCAGCCGAGCCGCGGCCCCCCCGGCUCCUCUACCGGGCCGUCCCGGAGGACGCCUUCUCUAAGACCAGCCGGGAGGAGCCCAGCGAGGCGGGGAGCGACCGGCUGGAAGAGGCCGGCGGGACGCCGGCGCCGUCACCACCGAAGAAGAACCGGGACAUCGGUCACCGGCUGGGCCAGCGCCGGGCGCUGUUCGGCAAGAGGAAGCGGCUCAGCGACUUCGCCCUGGUCAGCGGGAUGUUUGGCAUCGUCGUCAUGGUGAUCGAGACGGAGCUGUCCAGGGGGUUUUACACCAAGGAUUCUGUGUACUCGUUUGUCCUUAAAGGUAUGAUCAGUGUCUCCACCGUGGUGCUGCUGGGGCUCAUCGUGAUGUACCACGCCAGGGAGGUCGAGCUCUUCAUGGUGGACAACGGGGCGGAUGACUGGCGCAUCGCCAUGACCUGCGAGCGGAUCCUCUUCGUGGCCCUGGAGCUGGUGGUGUGCGCCGUGCACCCCGUCCCCGGCCGCUACGUCUUCACCCGGGCGGCCCGCCUGGUCUUCAGCCACGCGCCCUCGGAGGCGGACGCCGACCUGGACAUCCUGCUCUCCGUGCCCAUGUUCCUGCGCCUCUACCUGAUUGGCCGCGUGACGCUGCUGCACAGCAAGUUCCUCCUGUUCUGGGUUGAUCCGCGUUAGGGAACAAGAUGUGCUUGGAUUGCAGUCAUCCACCACUGUGGAACAAUUCAUGAAUAACAUAAAAACGAUAAACAGAUAAAAGAUAAUAAUAUAAUAAUAAUCACUUUAUUUUUUCAUAAGAAUGCAAACUGCAAAAAUCACAAUGAGACGAGUUUAAAUUACGAGAUUAACCAGAUUCUUCUUUCUGGAAGAAUUAUCUUAUAAUAUUUCAAACGAGGGAUAAAGUGACACAAAGUGAAAUGCAAACUCUUUAUUUUAUCUGUAGAAUUCUUAUAGUAGCCUACAUAUUUUACCGAGUAAAAUAUGUAUAGCCCUUAAUCCCAGUGACAGUUAGGGGUACAAUAGGUGGCAAAAUUGACAUGCAUAGUGGUAUCAGAAGCAAACAUUUGAAGUGCAAUUUCUAAAGAAAUAGAAAAUGUGCA